AGGACGACUCAGAGACAGAGACUGAGAAGGAGAAGAAGAAGAAGCGAAAGGCGAAGAAGAAAGCAAAGCAAAAGGCGAAGGAUAAGCGCAAAGCUAAAUCUAAGAAGAAGGCUCGGAAAGAGGCAGCUACUGAAUCGGACUCUGACGAUGAUUCUGAUGACGACUCAGAAGCAGAGACCGAAUCCGAACUCGAAAUUGACGAGGCAGCAGAUGCAGAUGCCGCACUCCAACAACAGCUUCUCCAAAUGCAGCAAAUGCAGCAACUACAAGGCUUAGGACAAGGUGGUCUCGGGCAACAAUGGGGGAAUCUUGGUGGAGCUGGCCGACGUGCUCAGUUAGGGGGAGGUGCUGCUGCGCGAUUACAAGCCGCGAGAAAUGCUAAGCAAUUUGCUGCUCUUGGUCUUGAUCCUACUGGCCAGUUGAAGAUGGGCAGAAAAGAUAAGAGAAGCAAGAAGAAGCGUGGCAGCAAGCUGGAGUUCAAAAGAGUGGACCAGUUGUGGGAUAGCACUAUCCAUAACUAUAAGCUCACUGAUACGGCUGAGGAUGAGGAGAGUUCGGAAUACGAUCAAUACUUGUUCAAUGUUCGGAGAACUUUUGAUUGGGAGGGCAAGUACAAGACGACCGUGGUCGAUAUCAAGAGCAAGCUCUUGAAGGAGGCUCUUAACGAAGUCAUGGAUGGUGUUAAAGGCGUCAGCUUAGUCGAAGAGACACCUUGCGUGGACCCCAACUUACUCUUCCUCUACCUCGAAGAUCUCCGCAAACUCUGCAAAGAACUGAAGAAUAAGAAGGUCACAAUCAAGAAGGGCAAGAAGAAGGCAAAGAAGCGCCAAGAGACGAAGCGGAAGCACCUCAAGGUACUCUUGAAGUAUCUCGAUAAGGACUAUUCAGCCACCAAAAAGACGCUUUAUCCUAUGCUCGAGUCAGGUCUUAUUACAUUCGAUCUCCUAUGGGCCUUGUACAAGCCGAAUACGCUUGCGUAUACGACUACCUAUGGUUCUGUUGACGAGCCUCGAGCUUUCAAGAUUGAACUGGCUGAGAAGGAGUUCAGCUUCAUGAAGGGCGAGUGGUACAACAUUGAAGGCAGAUAUCUUGAGUAUGAUGGCAAGACAUGGGGAAUGGCACCUUGCACUCUCUGCUCUGUUAGCCGAAAACUGCUGACCUCACUAGGAACCAUGGAUUGUGACGUUCCGGGAUUCAAGGGAGCGCGCAAGAUCACCAGCUUGAACUGCUACCCCUUGAAAUAUCACAAAAACGAGGCCAAGAUACGAGCUGAGCUUAUCGAGCGGGGCAAGAAGUUCGUCUCAUUACAAGGCGUCAACUACACAUGCCACGAGGGCAUGGCCUAUUACAAAAAACGCAAGCAAAUCAUCAAGGUCAAUAUCAACGGUAGAAUCAUGGUUGAUCCCGCCAUUCAUCGUCGGAUCUUGCCAAAUUACAACGUCAGCACUGUCAAGCCAAAGGAUCCUGAUAUUUUGGACUCAGAUUCGGACGACUCGGAUGAUGAAGGAUGCGACUGUAACGAGAGUUCGGACGAAGAACAAGGUCGCGCUAUGCUGGAAGAGCGUGAGAAUAAGGAUAAGGAUGACGAGGAACCCAAGAUGAAGAUGAAGCUUGUCAUGGAUGAUAAGGAACAACCCCGGAUUAUCGAAGUUCCAGUUGAUGCUGAGGGUCAAGAAAUCAAGGUCGAGAAGCUAGAGGAAGUCCCAAGCAAGAUGGCUAACAAGGAUGAUGAUGCUGCUGUUCUGCCAGAAGGAGACAAGAAGGCACUCCCCGUCUUCACUGACGAGGAAUACCUGAUUGCCUCUCCUGUGGUGCUCGGCUUUGCAUUCGCCGAGAAGCUCUGGCUUGAGUUCACCGUCUCAGGCGUCAAGGACAUCGUCUGGAACGAAGGUGCCUACGAUUCCUUAGUCCUCGAAGACAACACCAAAGCAAUCGUCAAAGCUCUCGUUGAAUCCCAUAAGUACCACCCCGCAGAAAGCAUCGACGACGUCAUCCAAGGCAAAGGCAAAGGUCUCGUCGCCGUCUUGCACGGCCCCCCAGGAACAGGCAAAACCCUCACAGCAGAAGGCAUCUCCGAACUCCUCAAAUGCCCCUUGUACAUGGUCUCCGCUGGCGAACUGGGCACCGACCCUCGCACCCUGGAAGCAGAGUUGCAGAAGAUCCUCGACAUUGCACACGCGUGGGGCGCUGUCCUGCUCCUCGAUGAAGCCGAUGUCUUCCUUGAAAAACGCACGAUCCAGGAUAUUCACCGCAACGCUCUGGUCUCCAUCUUCCUCCGUCUACUCGAGUACUUCCAGGGUAUCCUGUUCUUAACUACUAACCGCGUUGAGACCUUCGAUGAUGCCUUUCAAUCACGAAUCCAUAUCGCGCUGAGAUAUGGAGAGCUGAGCACAAAGGCGAAGAAGAGCGUUUUCAAGAUGUUUAUUGAGCGGGUUAGGGUAUUAGAAGGCGUGGCCACGAUGCCCUUUGAUGAAGAUGAUUACAAUACGCUGGCAAGAAACAACUUGAAUGGUCGACAGAUCAAGAACACAAUCCGCACAGCCCAAGCCCUGGCAGUAAACAAUAAGGAGCCGCUGAGCAUGGAACACAUUAAGCGGGUGCUUGACGUCUCGAACGCUUUCGAUCGCGACUUGAAAGGUGGACCGGGCUUCGAGGAUGCGAUGAGGGGUUACUUUUAAGCCGUCAUCUUCCCCUUUCUCUCCUCUUUCCUGUUCCUUCCUCCCUUCUCGGGAGUUUAACUUCUGUUCCGUCUUCUUUGGGACGCGAUUUCUUCUUUCCUUUGGGCAAAUGUAUCAAGAUGGAUUGCAGCAUGAUCAUGGAACAUUUCCCACAUUCGUUUAGAUGGAUGGGAUACGGAGAAAUGGAUUGACUUGGGUGCAUGACUGGGAAAGGAUAUGGGUUUAUGGAUGGAGCGAGCAUUUUCUCAUUUUC